AUGUCGCAGGGUGAGAGCGUCUACACAGAUCGAUACACAAGUCAGGAAACCUUUGAGCCUCGAAGCCCAGAGGAGAUUGCCACGUUAUGUAGGGCGUGGGAGUACUACGUCCACCCCCGGGCGAAAGAAUUCUGGCAGACAUCGGAGGCUCGAAUGGAAAUCUUGAAGAAGAUUGCCGCAGGCGUGCACCGCGACUAUGAUCCCGUCCUGGGUGAUGAUCGACAGUGUGUGAUUUGGUACGGAGAUUUGAGCGAGGAUGACCACCUCCCUGUCAUUCGGAUGGUCAAGCCUGGUGAAUCGCAGGAAUCCCAGACCUACGUCAACCGAACCCUCGUUUUCCUCUAUGCAGACGAGGAAAGUUUCAACGAGCUCCAGGAAAAGCCCAAGAAGGCUUUUACGAUGGCGUGUGGGAAUCCGAUGUGUGUCAACCUUACACAUAUCGCCUUGGACGAGUAA